AUGCGUUCCACACUCUUUUACUCGGUGCUUGCCAGCGGCAUCACUUCAGCUCUUGGAGAUGCAAGCAUCUCUACUUUUCCCAACUCUUUGAAUUUGGCUGCUAGCUUCGAUCCUAUCAAGGCUGCCUACUGGACUGGUCUUCCUCAUCAUCGCCGAACUCCUUUCUCAAUUUCCCCGGAUGGAAAAUCGGCUUACCUUGCCUACCUCGAUGCUACAUACUCCACCGUACACGUUCAACAAGUUUCCUUGACCGAUUUCUCCGCAGUCGGUGAUGCGAUUUCUGUUACGGCAUACGAAGCUGCUGGAUUGGUGGCUCAAAAUGAUGGAUUUGCUUUGAUGGCAACGGUAAAUGCUACAGGGACUAGCGAUCUUCCUACAGAUGGCUCUCCUAUCGUUUCGUUGAUCAGAUAUACGAAUGGAAAGAAGACAUGGGAGACGGCUUUGAACGGUCCGGGUGUUCAUGCUUCGGAUAUGUUGACCUCGACUCCCGAUGCUAAUGGUGAUUUGGUCUAUUCUGCUAAGGCUGGUCUUUACGCUGGGUAUUUCGUUGUUGAAGCUUAUACCACUGAUUAUGCUGGUCAUUUCGGUGAUUCCAUUCAAUACGUCAACGAUGAUGGAGAAUUACAAGUGAUUCAAGGCGCCAGCAGCGAUUUCGGUUGCUCCCACAACACAGGUAUUGGUCUCGAAGCUGCCGAUGCCGCUCCAUUCGCAAGUGUCUGCGCAGAAGAUCAAGGUGAUAUCUGGUUGAACACCGAAACUCAAUACAUGUCCGGUCAAAAAAUCGCCAAUGAAAACACAACCAACGGUGUCAGUGGUGAACCAAUGGGUGGAAUGUCCGGAUCCUACUCUAACUUGGCCUCCAUUCCCGGUUCGGAUGGAUACAUUUUCGCUUGGCAAUCACGCGGUGCUCUCGACCUUACCCUUAACGCUUGGAUGGGAACACCAUAUACCCAAUGCUCACCCAGAUGGCUCAACCACAACGUCGCCAUCUCCGUCAUGACCGAUAAACAGACUCUCGCUGGUGCUCAAGCUUCUUCAACUGUCGGUGCAGCAGAAGGUGAUUCCCAAGUAACCUGGAUCACAUAUUCCUCAACCGAAGACCACCAAAACGUCCACAUCGCAGCCGUCAACUCCGAAUACUCCAUCGUCACCUACGAAACCCUCACUUCCCCAGACUGUCAACCAGUUCCUAUGGGUUGCUCAGGUACAUACGCAGGAACCUCAUUCCAAGUCAUCGACAACACCGGCGCCAAAGUAGGAUCUGCAGUCGUCUCAACCGAGGCCUUUGUCAGUGGUGACAUCGUCACCAUCGGCACCGACAAAGUCUGCUGGCCUUACGUCUCUAUGACCUGGGAUUUGAGCACCCCCAAGGAUAGCGGAUCUCCCGUUUCCAAAAUGUCCUUCGCAUGUGCUACUUUGAGCGGAAACACCACCACAGCUUCUUCCAUCUCUAGCGCUAGCUCUAGCUCCAGCACCGCAGCUAACAUCGCAUCUGCAUCCCCCGCCGUCGCAGCCGUCGUUUCCCACGCUGCUCUCCCCUCCUCCUCCUCAGUAGCCCCUCUCGAAACUCCAAGCUCGGUUCCAAGCUCUACCGUCCCCGCGGCUGUUUUCUCCACUUCAUCUGCUUUCCCAUCUACAACGUUGAAGACGAAGACGAAGUCUAAACAUACUAAGACUAAGACUAAGUCUUCUUCUACUAAGACUGAGAGGGAUGUUGCUACGCCUUCUGCUGAUCCUUGGGAUGUUAGUGGGUUUUAUGGGGAUGCUGAUGCGCAGCUGGUGAUGAUGAGUGUGAUUUUGAGGAGGAAGGAUUAUUAA